AAUCUUUCGCAAGCAGCAGUAUCAGCAGCAGACUGUGAGCAAACGCGGUGUGUCACCUCCCCCACAAUCUCAAGGAAGCGCAGUGAGUUUUUCUUCGAUUUUUCCCCGUGACUUCAAUCGUUAUAUCACUGUGUGUGGCACCGUGUGCUAAUUGAGUUUGGACACCAUCUAAAAGUCCACGCGCCCCCGGUCUAUGACUAACGCUGGCCUACUUCGAACGAUUCUAGUAAGUGGCGCAACCGGCAAACAGUUCUGCUGCUGUCCGUCAUCAUCGUCAUCAAUUUUUGCCAAUAAGUAUCACGGAUUUCGCACUGGUGUUGGUGCAGCUGCUGCUAGGCGUACGACGACGGCAACUAAACUUUGGUGGCGUGGAAAUUGGUCUCAUCCGGUCUCGGUCCAGAACAGCGGUAGUAGGCAGAGUAGAAGCUUUGUUGUCAAAAUGAGCGGUGAUUCAAGCAAACCGAAGAUUGUUUUCGUCCUGGGAGCUCCCGGUGCGGGCAAGGGAACCCAGUGCGAAAAAAUUGUGGAACACUUCGGGUUUACACACCUUUCGGCCGGGGAUCUGCUGCGGGAAGAACGCAAACGGGAAGGUUCCGAAUACGGGGCCCUUAUCGAGGACAACAUCAAGAAUGGGCGCAUUGUUCCGGUAGAGAUUACCUGUGCCCUGCUGGAGAAUGCCAUGAACAAAACCAAGGAGAGCACCGGCAACGACAAAUUCCUGAUCGAUGGCUUCCCCCGGAACGAGGACAAUCUGCAGGGCUGGAACAGCAAGAUGUCCGAAAAGGUGCAGCUACUGUUUGUGCUGUUCUUCGAGUGUACCGAGGACCAGUGCAUCCAGCGCUGUCUGAAGCGCGGCGAGAGCAGUGGCCGAUCGGACGACAACCUGGAGAGUCUGAAGAAACGUUUCAACACCUACAUCAACGACACGAUGCCCAUCGUGGAUCACUACCGGAAGCAGGAUCUGGUCAAGACGAUCGAUGCCGUAGCCGGGCCGGAUGAGGUCUUCGAAAAAGUCAAAGUCGCAUUCGAGGGAAACAACUAAACUUUAACUAUAAGCUUAGAAAGAGAAAUCACAAUAGUCACAAUUACGCUGGCGGACGCCCAAGCGGAGCGCAGCCAUUCCGAUAAACCAAUAUCCAAAUUGUAUCGUCGCACUUGAAGCAAAAAAAAACAGAACAAAGCCAAUCGCAAGUUUCCUUCCCGUAAAACUUAAGCUUGGUCACAAGCAUUUGCAAUCGAGUAUUUAUGAAUGUUAGACUUUGAUACGCAAGAAACAGAAACAAAAAUACUAACCAUUAUUAUAGCAAGGUACCAGCGACUGCAGUUAAGUAUUACCGAUAAACGUUACACAAUAAUGUCAAACAAUAGUGCCCCUUUUUCUAUCCCGCAAAAUUAACAGUUAGCAUAGAAAAAAGCAGUCUACAAAAUGCACCUCUUUAACCUACUUCUAAUCGAAUCGGUGUUGUGUGAUGGUUUGUUUUAAGUAAGUAAAUAUAUUAAAAAAUAAAACAAAAGCAAGCUGUCAUUAGUUGGUAAAAACGUAAGUCAAGAAAAACGUGAGGGUUCUUUUGAAUUAAAAUUUGCACCGAAUAGCAUGCCGGUCAUAAGUUUAAUGAAGAAUUAAAGUAAAAAUUUGCUGUUCUAAAUAAAAAAAAAACUUCACUCUAUUCACCAGCAACGGGAAAGAUAAAUGUUCGAUACAAUUAAAUAGUCAAAUAAAGUUGCACACAGAGCACGUGCAGUUAAAUGUA